UUAGAAAAUUGCUAGAAAUACUAUUUAUGUUAGAAAUUAGAUAAUUUUGGUGCGUUAUUGUUGUGGAUUUUCUUUUCUGUACCUAAAAAAAAAAGCAAACAAACAUGUGGAUUGUGGAAGUAUGAACGCAAAAUUGCCAAUCAGAAGGUAUAUUUGUGGAAAUUUGUGUGGAAAUUGACGUGUUUCCGUACCAAACAUAUACUUUCUCCGUUCUGAAAUACUUGCAGUACUUUGACUAAAAAAUGGUUGAGCUUGUUAGUCAAAAUGUUGCAAGUAAUAUGGGACGGAGGAAGUAAUACUCAUUGUGGUGGGAGUAAAUGUUUAGUGUCUGCAGUUAUAGGUUAAAGAUUGUGGUGAGGUCUUUUUAGUUGAUUUUGGUAUACGAAAAAAAAAAGAAACAUUAUGGUGCUCAAAGUUAUUGACAGUUUAAUUAAAAUUCGAAGAUUUAAAGUAGUAUAUAUGUGAACUCUCGAGUCUUUGAAUGACCAAGCUUAGGCCGAGCUUGGACACUUAAAGAUCUUUAGGGUUCAAGUCGAGCUUGAGCUCAAGCUAAAGUUUACCUAGCCAAGUUUGAGAUUGGUGAGCUCGAAUUCAAUAAGUUGUCGAUACUUGUCAUGUUAGAGUUUUGAUCCUUACACAGUGAUCUUUGUCAGUUUAUAAGUGGUGAAUCAAAAAUGAAGUACUCCUAAUAUUGGACCACCCUAAAUUUUUUCUUACAAUAUGGCAGGGUGAGGACUUCUUUGAAAAUUCACAUGUGGGACUUAAAUAAAUUGCAGAUUUUAGGACAAUUAUAGCAGUCACUAUCCUGGUGCUAUUCAAGCCACCCAUGACCCAACUCUAAUGGAGGCCACUUACUUUUGACAAAAUGACUAAAAAUCAUUUAACAAUGUUCUUUCUUCCACACAAGUUAUUUUCAAUCAAGCUUUCCUUCAUAAAUAGGCACCUUUUUCAUCCAUUGGACUAAUUGUUUAGCUAGUCUGAUACAUAAUUACUAGUUAAACAUUUUUUCAUUUCUUUUUUCUUUUUGGAUGGCCAAUCAGAUGUUAAACUUGAAAGUCACGUUAAAGGCAAGAUUUUCUAGAUACACACGAGAGGUUGCCUCAAAUUGUGCCACAGCAAGAUAGAAAAUCCUCAGAGAAAUAUCUGAAAGUGACAAAAAGUGUUUUUCUUCUAUGUCUUUUACAUAGGAUAUCUUAUGCCCUUAGUAUCAGGUCUUUCAGUUUUGCCUUGUUAAUCCUGAAACUCCCUGCUAUCUUGUGUUUGAUGGCUGAAACUUUUACACACCUACAUAAGUUAUUGGUACCCCUCUUAUUAGUUGUCCUUACCUUUGCUCAAGAUGAAAAUCAGUUCAUCUACAAUGGCUUUCAAGAAGCCAAACUUCAUCUUGAUGGGCUUGCAAACAUCCACCCCGAUGGCCUUCUACAGAUGACCAACUCCUCAUUGCAGGGAAGUGGUCAUGUCUUCUACCCACGACCGUUGAAGUUCAACACAAGUCGUUCGUUUUCCACAACUUUCACUUUUGCCAUAAACACUGAUGUGCCAGGUCAUGGUGGCCAUGGAAUAGCUUUUGUUAUCUCCUCAUCCAUGAACUUUGAGCAUGCUGUUCCUGCUGAAUAUCUAGGAAUUUUCAAUAUUACUAGCAACGGUCGUAAAUAUAAUCAUGUAUUUGCAGUUGAAUUAGACACUGUCCAAAAUGCUGUUUUUGGAGAUAUCGAUGGCAACCAUGUUGGCAUCGAUGUUAAUGGCCUGCGGUCAGUUGAUUCUGCUUCAGUGGCAUAUGAUUCGGAUGAGACAGGGACAAAAAUGAGCCUUGAGCUCUCGGGUGGAAGUCAUAUGCAGAUUUGGAUAGAUUAUGAUGGAGAGAAGAUGCUAAUGAAUGUUAUGUUAGCUCCAUUUAAGCAUCCAAAGCCAAAAAAAUAUCUCUUGUCUACUCGUGUCAAUCUUUCUCCAGCAUUUCUUGAUUCUAUGUACGUUGGUUUCUCCUCAUCUACUGGUCUUACUGCAACUGAGCAUUACAUAUCAGGUUGGAGCUGGAGUCAAAAUGGUCGAGCUCAGGAACUUAACCUUUCCAAGGUUCCAUCAAUUCCUAGACUUAGAAACCACAAGAAAAAUGUUAAAGUUCUUUUUAUAAUAUUGAUUGUUGUUUUAGUACUGUUGCUGGAAAUUAUUGCUGGAGUAGCAUUUGCAGUAUGGAGGAAGAAGUAUAAAGAGCUUAAGGAACCAUGGGAACAAGAUUACAUUUCCUAUAGAUUUUCAUAUAAAGAUCUUUAUUUAGCAACUAAGGGUUUCAAAGACUCAGAGCUUCUUGGUUUUGGAGGUUUUGGGAAAGUUUAUAAAGGCGUGAUACCUUCUACACAAACCCAAGUCGCUGUGAAGAAGGUUUCGCAUGAUUCCAGGCAGGGUAUGAGAGAAUUUGUAUCAGAAGUUGUGACUAUGAGAAGGCUAAGACAUCGAAACUUGGUCCAACUCCUAGGUUAUUGUCGUAGAAAAGGAGAGCUUCUUCUGGUGUACGACUACAUGCCCAAUGGAAGCCUCGACAAGUUUCUAUUUAAGAGUAAGAACUCCAACCUUUCUUGGAGUCAGAGAUUUAACAUCGUGAAGGGGGUGGCAUCUGCCCUUCUAUAUCUUCACGAGGAGUGGGAACAAGUCGUUCUUCAUCGUGAUGUAAAGGCAAGUAAUGUUAUGUUGGAUGCUGACAUGAAUGCACGGCUAGGUGAUUUUGGUCUUGCUAGGUUAUAUGACCAUGAAAGUGAACCUCGAAGUACCCAUGUAGUUGGAACAGUAGGAUAUCUUGCACCGGAGCUCAGUAUCACAGGCAAACCAACAACUGCCACUGAUGUGUUUGCUUUUGGAAUAUUCUUACUUGAAGUGGCCUGUGGAAGGCGGCCAAACAGUCUUCAGGAAUUUUCUGGAGAGGACUAUGUUUUGGUUGAUUGGGUAUAUGACUGCUGGAAGAAAGAAGUGAUUUUUGAGACAAGCGAUCCCAAACUGGAAGGAAACUACCAAGUUGAAGAAAUGGAGCUUGUUCUAAAAUUAGGCCUGUUGUGUUCCCCUAAGCCAGAGGGAAGGCCUAGCAUGAGACAGGCAGCAUUUCUAUAUGGAGAUGCGAAUCUGCCUGAAUAUCUUUCUGAUUAUGACCACGAAAGCAAUGGAUUUUUUGGUGGGAGUUGGAGUACUUAUGUGUCAAUUUUCAUCAUCAUUGGGAAAUUCAUGCAACCGUAUCUAGCAAUAAUUCAGCCGUACAUGAAGGCGCUGAAUUGCAAAUGCAUCGUAUCAUUUAUAGUUAAUGCCAUGUGA